AUUAGGCAGAUGCACAGAUGAUGACGUGUCGCUGUCAAGAUGGCAGCUGACAUCACUCUGUUAUUCAGAGCCAGUGUGAAAACAGUAAAGACCAGAAAUAAAGCGCUCGGGGUGUCUCUGCCGGAGACGGACGUGCUGAAGAGGAGCCGGCCCCGGGGAGAGUUCAGCGGAAAGACCCGGGAUGUGAUCAACAACAUUGGGAAGCUGAAGGAUUUCCUGCUGGAGCACAGGAAGGAUUACAUAAACGCCUGCAGUCAUGUGUCAAAAUAUUCCCGUAUGACUGACGGCGAGCGCGACCAGAUCGAUCAGGACGCACAGACCUUCAUGAGAGCAUGCGCUGAAGCCAUUCAGCAUCUCAGGACAGAAGCAUGUAAGGAGACCAUUUCCACUCAAGUUAAAGAGCACAGACUGUCCGUCCUGGACUUCAUCGAAGACUAUUUAAAAAGAGUGUGUAAACUGUACUCCGAGCAACGAGCCAUCCGAGUGAAACGCAUGGUCGACAAGAAAAGAUUAUCCCGGUUAGAACCAGAACAAGUCCACAAGAUUAAGACCUCUUCUUUGGCAGAGACUAUCACACUCACAGAUCUUGAGGCCAAGGAAGAAGCAAAGUCUCCUGGUGAAGAAACUACUGACAGGACAGCGGCUGAUGCACGCAGCGCGCCCGGUUUCUGGGACGACGGUCGGGGUGAAGAUGAAUUGUCCCCAGAGGAGAUUCAGAUGUUUGAACAGGAGAACCAAAGACUUGUCAGCGAGAUGAACAAUCUGUGCGAUGAAGUAAGGCAAAUAGAAGGCAAGGUGGUUGAAAUAUCCAGACUUCAAGAAAUAUUCACGGAGAAGGUUCUUCAGCAGGAAACAGAGAUUGACAAUAUCCAUCAGCUAGUGGUGGGCGCCACAGAAGAUAUCAAAGAAGGAAACGAAGACAUCCGAGAGGCCAUCAAGAAUAAUGCAGGCUUCAGGGUCUGGAUCCUCUUCUUCCUAGUGAUGUGCUCAUUUUCUUUACUGUUCCUGGACUGGUAUGAUAGUUAAUAAUUGAAUGGAACCUUCCAGCCAUAACAUAAUAAUUGCACAAUGUUAAAUAUCUGAGAAAAUGCCACUUCUCCGUCGUAUGUCUCCCUCCUGAACAUUCGCUUGGAUAUGUUAAUAAAUGUCACUUGUGAUAAUGAGGUCGCGGAGGUGUCUACAAUUAACUGGAAGAUAUUGAGCUGUUUGUAUUACCUGCAGAAAGGCCAGACAUGUCGACGCUGUUUGCACAAUGGCUGGUAAUUGUAAUGUCAAAUGAAGCAGAGUCGUUUUUUCUUUUCUUUUUUUUUCUUUUUUAUGGAUCCAGCAGAUAUAAUUUUUCAUCUGACAAUGGCUCUGCUCUUUGGGGACUAUAAAACUAUGAUACUAUGUGCAACAUCUGUACUUUUAAUAAAGUAAGUUAUUUGAAGAGAGGACUGUGAAGCAGUGGUGGACAUGAGCAGGGCUGAUGCUUCUGGCGGAUCCCUGAGGAUAUUGAAUCUCUUUUCUUUACUGCUGAGGCUUUAAAGCUAUCACUCAAAAUACAUACCAAAUCUUCAGUCCUUCUUAGCCGGCUUGUAUUGUGCCCUGGUACGCUAAUGCAACAGGACUAAACACCCUAGAAAGGUAGCCUCAUACCAUUAAUGGUGGAAUUAGCUGAUGAUCUAAUUUGUAUGGAGACUAAUAAUACCACUAUGCUUGCCUUUCUUUGGCACCAAUGACUACGUUGAUCAUGCACAAUGGAAAAUUUCCAGCUGAAAGACAUCAGUUCCACACAUUAAAGGGAUAGCAAUUCCACACAUCAAAGGGAAUCUGUCACCAGUUGCAUGCUGCCCUAUCUAAGGGCAUAAAUAUUCAGGUCAAGAUGUAUAUGUAUAUGUAUGUGUAUUUUUACUUCCACUUAUCAUAGAUUAACUUAAAGGGGUAUUCCAAUCACAUACAAUGGGGAUAUAUCGCUAGGAUAUGCCCCCAUUGUCUGACAGGUGCGGGUCCCUCCUCUGGGACCUGCACCUACAAGAAGAAUGGAGCAGGGAGAGAUGUAGCUGGAGGACCCCAGGUUGUCCAUCCACCACCAAGCGCUGCUCCCCACUGUUCCCAUAGAAUUGAAUGGGAGCACACUGCGCAUGGGGGACCCCUGCUCCCAUUCUUUUCUGGGGCAGAUGAAAAUGGCCAAGCCAGCGCUCCGCUAUUUUCGGCGGCCCCAUUGAAAUUAAUGGAGGGCGCAUGCGCAGUGCGCCCUCCAUUCAUUUCCCUGCUCCUUUUUCAUUGUAGGUGCAGGUCCCAGAGGUGGAACCCGCACCUAUCAGACAAUGGGGGCAUAUCCUAGCGGUAUGCCCCCAUUGUAUGUGAUGGCAAAACCCCUUUAACUAUAACUAUACAUAACAUAACUAUAAAGUCUGUAUGCUUCAGUACACUCACCUCGAAAAGGACAAACACUACCGAAACCUGGUGACAAGAACUGGGACCUUAAAGGAAACCUGACAUUUUGAUUUUCAGCAUUUUACACCUUUGUAAAAAA